AUGUUUACACCCGCCCCGCCCUACGUCCACGCUCCCCCCACUGCCGCCCGUCCAUCCCUCACCACCCUCCCCGUCCAUCUCGUACACCGCAUCCUCCUCCUCACCCUCGACCAACAAGCCACGCCGAGCCGUUUCUGGUCUGAUGCCGAGGAGGAACGAGUCAGGAGACUGUGGGCGCUCUUUCGUGGGCUGAGAGGUGUUAGUAGAGUGUUCUGGCUAGUGGCGACAUCGAUACUCCGAGCACAUUACCUCGCCCCUUUCCUCAACCUCAUCAAACCCGGCUACUCGUCCGACCCAUUCCCAUUCGAAUCAUCCCACCUAUCGGACCCCUCUCUCUCAUUCGACCCAAGCGCAGGGGGGAGUGUGUAUGCAGAGAGGGGGAGGGAGACGGCCGUGCUUGAUAGGUUUAUAGCGGUGAGGGUCGGGGAGGAGUUGAGGAGGGUGGAGAGUGAGCUUUCGGAGGGGAGUGGGGCGGAGGUGGAUAUCUUCCAGAGGUUGCAGCCGGCUGCGAGGAUCGAAGACCUCUUAUCGACCCUUCCCCCUCACUUUAUAACACCCACCUCCAUCCUCCCCUCUCCCCCACCCCCAAAGCGCACUCUCCCACUACCCCAAGCACUCGUCAGUAUCUCUCUAACGCCGAAUUGGGCGCAAGUGUGGAUCAAUGCGCAGGUGGUGAGUUUGGCGAGGAAGGGAGGCGGGAAGGAGAUGGUGCUUGAGGUGAGGAGGGUGGGGACUUUGGAGGGGGUUGUGGCGAGGAUUGGGGAGGGGUUGGAUGAUUUGAGGUUGGGGUUGGUGGGGUGGGGAGGGAGGGUGCAGUGA